AUGUGCGAGCGGGCGGCGCGCCUGUGCAGGGCCGGCGCGCACAGGCUGCUCCGGGAGCCGCCGCCGCAGGGCCGGGCGCUGGGCGGGCUGCUGCGCUGGGUGGGCGCCAGGAUGGGCGAGCCCCGGGUGCCGCUGGUCCCCGACGCCCCCGACGCCCCCGCGGUGGACCCCAGCCCCUGCCCGGGCCCCGCCUCGCCGCGCGGGGGCACCGCUGUCAUCCUGGACAUUUUCCGGCGCGCAGACAAAAACGAUGAUGGGAAGUUGUCCUUGGAGGAAUUCCAGCUCUUCUUUGCAGAUGGCGUCCUCAACGAGACAGAGCUGGAGGGUCUCUUCCACACGAUCGACUCUGACAACACCAACCAUGUGGACACCAAGGAGCUGUGUGAUUACUUUGUGGACCACAUGGGGGACUAUGAGGACGUCCUGGCCUCCCUGGAGACCUUGAAUCAUUCUGUCCUGAAGGCCAUGGGCUACACCAAGAAGGUGUAUGAGGGAGGAAGCAACGUGGACCAGUUUGUGACCCGCUUCCUCCUCAAGGAGACAGCCAGUCAGAUCCAGUCGCUGCUAAGCUCCGUGGAGAGCGCGGUGGAGGCCAUCGAGGAGCAGACCAGCCAGAUCCGCCAGAACCACAGCAAGCCCGGCCCUGGCGUGGUGCAGACCUGGCAUGGAAGCCCCGCUGCCCCCUAUGCCCCCAGCCACAAGCUCAUGGCCGUGGAACGAGAGAGGAGCAUGCCUUCUGACCCCAAGGAGGAGGGCCUGGAAGCCCAGAUCAGCCGCUUGGCAGAGCUAAUAGGACGGCUGGAGAGCAAGACUCUCUGGUUUGACCUCCAGCAGCGCCUCUCAGAUGACGAAGGCACCAACAUGCAUCUGCAGCUGGUCCGGCAGGAGAUGGCCGUGUGCCCCGAGCAGCUGAGUGAGUUCCUGGACUCCCUGCGACAGUACCUGCGGGGCACGGCUGGAGCCAGGAACUGCUUCCACAUCGCGGCUGGGAGGCUGGCCGAUGGCUUCACCUUCGUGGUGUAUGAGUUCUGGGAGACAGAGGACGAGUGGAAGAGGCACCUGCAGAGCCCCGUGUGCAAGGCGUUCCGGCACGUCAAGGUGGACACGCUGAGCCAGCCGGAGGCCCUCUCCAGGAUCUCGGUGCCAGCUGCCUGGUGCAUGGUGGGCCGAGACUGACCAGCUCCCCAGCUCCCUGAGGAUGAGCCGGCACCCUGCCCUCUCUUCUUACAAAGGACGGCCCCUCUUUUCUAGAAACUUUGGUAUAGGAGCUGUCUUUUCCAUAUACUUCCAAACUAAGAAUGUAUUUUCCCACUGUUUGAAGUGAAGGCGAACCCCUUCCCCGGCACCCCUGCUCCCCCAUCCUUGGUGGCAGAGCAGCUCGGAGCUGCUGAAGGCAGAGCCUGCGGUGACGGUGAGGGGAGGCUUCCUGGGGCCAGCACCCUCACCAGUCACCCCCCCAACGGCCACACCUGCCCAGCUCCCCGCCCUACUGGCCUCAGCAAGCCUCACUCCUCCGCAGCCCCCACCUCCCCUCCGUCUCCCCGACUCCUGGUCUACAUUCCUCCACCUGGUAGGAGCCAAGGCCCUGUAGUGCCCAACCCAGGCCUGUGCCAAGUCUGCACGUGGCCGUAGAGCCCACACAGCCAGUGCCACGUUAGGCCGCCGGCCGCCAGGACAAGCACCAAAUAAAGUCCA